AUGAGUUGGGCCCCAGUGGUUGAGCCACUGUCGAGGACUCAGCCUUUCUCUUUAGCCCCCUCACUUCCCGAUGCUCCUCCCUUCUCCUGCCACAGCCUUUCUAAGACUGUUUCCACUGAGGAAAACGAACUGCACUGGGUGUCUGCUAUCCAGAAGCUCCACUCUUUCCACCUCUUUGCUGAUGGGAGUAAAGGUGAUGAUCUGCUUCUUGCUGGCACUAAGCAUUAUAUCUACGUAGGAAUUCAAAAGAGAAAUGUCAGGGAGACUCUUACUACUGUCCAGAGGAUCGCUGAUGGUUACAAUAAAAAGAAACUAGUGAAGGCAUUUAAAAAACUUGCCUGCAAUGGUACUGUAAUUGAGCAGCCAGAAUAUGGAGAAGUAAUUCAGCUACCGGGUGACCAGUGCAAGAACAUAUGCCAGUUCCUGGUGGACACUGGACUGGCUAAGGACCACCAGCUCGAGGUUCAUGGGUUUUCAGUGCUUUGGGCUCCCUGA